UUUUUUUUUUCUACUUCUUUAAUUGAUAUGAGUAAUUCUAAUGAAGUAGUCAUCACUAUUCCUAUUCAAGGCAUGACUUGUAUGUCUUGUGUUAAUUCUAUUACUAAAGCUUUAACUCCUUUUGUAAAUACUGUUCAAGUAAACUUGAAAAAUAAUAAUGCAAAUAUUACUUUUAAUCCAGCUACAACAUUCUUGGAAAAUAUUAUAGAAACAAUAAAGGAUUGUGGCUUUGAUGUACCCAAGUUAGUUUUAUCUAUUCAUGGAAUGACUUGUCAUUCUUGUGUUAAUUCAAUUACAAAAGCAUGUCUUGAUUUAAAAGGUGUAAAUUCAAUCGACGUUAGUUUAGAAAAUAAAAAUGCAACUGUUUUAUAUCAUCCUUCACUUGUUUCUGUUAACGAAAUUAAAGACACAAUCGAGAGUUGUGGUUUUGAUGUUGUGCUUCCUUAUUCAGGAGAAGAAGACAACUCAUCCUCUUUAACACUACCACCACCACCACCACCAUUAUCUAUUUUACAUACAAGUGUGGAUAUGGAGGAAGAAGAAGACGAUGAAUGCCAACAACACUAUAUGUGGACUGCACAGUUAAGAAUUAGUGGAAUGACUUGUGCUUCAUGUGUGAAUAGUAUAGAAAGAGGAUUAUCAACAAUUCAGGGCAUUAUGACUGUACAAGUCUCAUUAUUAGCUGAAUCAGGAAUAGUGACAUAUAAUUCAUCUAUCAUUGAUAUAGAUGACAUUAUAAAGCAUAUAAAUGAUAUGGGUUUUGAAGCUUCUUUCAUCGACCAUACUACUUCUUCACAAGAUAAAUAUACAAAACUUCAAUUACAAAUUUAUGGUAUGACUUGUUCUAGUUGUGUAAAUACCAUUGAAAGUGAAAUUAAAAGGCUUGAGGGAGUUCAGUCUGUAUCUAUUCAGCUUAUGACCGAGUCAGGUAUCAUCAUUCAUCAUCCAUCUCAAAUUGGUCCACGGCAAAUCGUGGAAGCUAUAGAAUCUUUGGGUUUCAAUGCCCUCGUAUCUGAUAAAACUCGUGAUAUACAACUUGAAAGUUUAUCCAAAGUCCGGGAAAUCCAGCAAUGGCGUACUACCUUUUUACAAAGUUUCAUAUUUGCCUUUCCUGUAUUUGUCAUCGCCAUGAUUCUUCCUGAAUUUCAAUUGGGUCGUUCUCUAUUGAAUACACCUACUUAUAUUAUACCAGGAUUCUUUCUCUUUGAUUUUAUUCAAUGGCUACUCGCAACUCCUGUGCAGUUCUGGAUAGGUAAACGCUUUUUGAUUUCAGCAUAUCAAUCUAUAAAACAUCGUGCUCCUACUAUGGAUGUCUUGGUUACUAUAUCUACUUUAUCAGCUUAUUUCUUUUCAGUCUUAUCCAUCAUUCGGUCUAUCUCUAUAGCCUCUCCUACUCAUCCCUCUGUCUUCUUUGAUACUUCAACCAUGCUCAUCUCAUUUAUUACUGCUGGCCGUUAUUUAGAAAAUUUGGCAAAGGGUCAAUCCUCUACUGCACUCUCUAAAUUAAUGUCAUUAACUCCUUCUACUGCAACCCUUGUUCAAUUUCCUGAUACUACCACCACAGAUGAGAAGCAGGCAAUCACAUCUGAAAGGCAGAUACCUUCUGAAUUGGUCCAAAUCAAUGAUUACUUGAAAAUUAUUCCUGGUGAUAAAAUUCCAACGGACGGUGUUGUGUUUUCAGGUGAAUCCUCUAUAGAUGAAAGUAUGAUUACAGGUGAAGUGGAUCCUGUAAAUAAACAUCCAGGUGAUACCGUGAUUGGUGGAACUGUAAAUGGCUUGGGCUCAUUCAUAAUGCGUGCGACACGUGUAGGUUCUGAUACGGCUCUAAGCCAAAUUGUUAGAUUAGUGGAGGAUGCACAAAUGAACAAGGCGCCUAUUCAAGGAUUUACAGAUAAGGUGGCUGGUAUCUUUGUCCCUCUUGUUGUAUGUCUUGGUAUCUUUACUUUAGUCUUUUGGUCCCUUUUAGUAGGUUGUCUAGGGGUCAAUCGUAUGCCUAUACUUUUCCAACAUGAGAUUACAAGAGAAGGGAAUGGAGAUUGGUUCUUUGUCUGUCUCAAGCUAUGCAUCAGUGUUAUUAUUGUCGCUUGUCCUUGCGCAUUAGGUUUAGCUACACCCACUGCAGUGAUGGUAGGCACAGGUUUAGGUGCAGAGCAUGGUGUGAUCUUCAAGGGGGGUGCAGUCUUGGAGAAGGGUCAAAAGGUCAAUAAGGUUGUAUUUGAUAAGACGGGUACGCUAACGAUGGGUAAGGUACAGGUUGUGAAUUAUCAAAGUUGGGAUGGUCUUGAAUCAACGCGUCAAGAAAUGCUUUUGGUGGCAGCCAUUGCAGAGGCAGGCAGUGAGCAUCUCUUGGGUCGUGCUGUCGUUCAUAAAGCAAAGGAAGUCACAUCUACACCCUCAGAUCAACCCUUGGAUCAUUUAGGCUUCAUCUUGAGUUUUAAGAGUGAAACUGGCUAUGGUAUUGAAUGUAACAUCUCUCGUCAUGAAAAAGUAGAUCAUGUAGUGAUUGGUAAUCAAAAAUGGCUGGAAGAAUAUCAUGCUAUCACUUUACAAAACGAACAAAUUCAAAUAGUAGAAGGGGAGUUGUCGCAAGGCCAUACGACAAUCCUUGUUGCUAUCAAUCAUGUUGCGACAGGGUUUAUCUCUAUUUCUGAUAUGAUUAAACCGGAAGCAAAACGAGUGAUUGCGACGUUAAAAGAGUUAGGUAUCGAUACAGCUAUGGUUACAGGUGAUAAUGCCUUAACUGCGCGAUGUAUUGCAGCCCGUGUAGGUAUUACAGAAGUUCAUGCUGGCAUUUCACCUAAUGGUAAAACACAAAUUAUAAAAGAGAUGCAAGCACAGAUUAGACACAGACGUCAUAAUAAAUGGAUACCCUUCUGGGAGAAACAUACGGAAGCUACAAUUGUAGCUAUGGUAGGCGAUGGUAUUAACGAUUCCCCUGCCCUUGUUGCUUCUAAUCUGGGAAUUGCUCUCUGCAGUGGCACAGAUAUCGCUAUAGAAGCGGCUGAUGUUGUGUUAAUGCGUAAUGACUUGACUGAUGUCGUCACUGCACUAGCACUCUCCAAAAGUAUUUUCAGACGUAUUAAACUAAAUUUAUUAUGGGCAUCCAUCUAUAACUUGAUUGGCAUUCCUUUAGCAAUGGGUGUUUUUAUGCCUUUAGGGCUUCAUUUACAUCCAAUGAUGGCAGGUAUGGCUAUGGCAGCAAGUUCAACAAGUGUUGUCGUUAGUAGUUUAAUGUUGAAAUGGUUCUGGCGUAAACCUGAAUUAAUUGAUGAAGAAAAUUACUAUUCUGAAAACAAAGUCAAUCUCUUUUAUAAGUUUUAUACAAGGAUUAACAAUUGGAGAGAGAGACAAAAGGGAGUUGCAUAUCAAUCACUGGUUACCUUGGAUGAUCAAGAAAUUGAUUUAGAAAGCCUAUCUUCCCAUUAGAUUUAUUUAAUACAUACAUGCAUAUAUAAAAAGUUAAUACAAUUACAUAAUAUUCCUAAUAAAACAGUGUCUAUCUUAUCUCACACUA